AGCGCUCAGAACGGAGAAAGAGGGAUUCCACUCUCCAGUGUGGUUUGGUAAUACAUUAUAAUAUUGAGAAUUAAAAAUUAAAAAAACAAAAAGAAAAAGAAAAAGAGAGGAAGAGAACCAACGGUGUUGAUAAACCUAACCCCAACCCCAAUCUCUCAUCUCAGUCGUCUCCUCUCUCCCCUCUUCUCCAGCGUCCGAUCUCCCCUCCCCUCUUCUCUCCUUCACCCCCGCCCAAAUACAAAUACUCUGUUUCUCAGGGUUUUUCUGCUGCUGCUGCUGCUAUGUCGGACGGUCAGGCAUCGUCGCAGCAUCCGCAGAGUCCCGGUGGCGGCAGUCACGAGAGCGGGGAGCAGAGCCCUAGGUCGAAUGUUAGGGAGCAGGAUAGGUUUCUCCCCAUCGCGAAUAUCAGUCGGAUCAUGAAGAAGGCUCUCCCGCCCAACGGUAAAAUUGCUAAGGAUGCUAAGGAGACUGUUCAGGAAUGCGUCUCCGAGUUCAUCAGCUUCAUCACCAGCGAGGCAAGUGACAAGUGCCAGAGAGAAAAAAGGAAGACAAUUAAUGGAGAUGAUCUGCUAUGGGCAAUGGCUACUUUAGGGUUUGAAGAUUAUCUUGACCCCCUGAAGGUGUACCUCACCCGUUACAGGGAGAUGGAUGGUGAUGAAUACCUAGGUGUGGGUGCUCAGGAUGGAGUUCCAAAUCCUUCUGGGGAUGGGACUAUGGAUUUGAAUACGCAGCGGAUGUUUGUAGGUGAAGUUUCUGUAAAUGGGCUUGGGAAUGAAGGAACUGGGAUCGAUUCUGCUGGUAGCAUUGAAAUAGUUGGCUCAAAUAGCCUGCUAAGCGGGGUAAGUCAGGGACAGUUGAUAACUAUACAGCCAUCAUAUGCAGAAGAAAAGGAUAUUAAUCACGUUGCUCUGGUUCCGAGAAGUCGUGAGGAGGAGUCUAGAACAGAGGAAGAAGGGCAGUUUUAUGUGUCUGAUCUAGUGUGGGGCAAGGUGAGGAGCCAUCCUUGGUGGCCGGGGCAGAUAUUUGAACCUUCUGCUGCAUCACAGCAAGCCGUGAAAUAUUUUAAGAGAGACAGCUACUUAAUAGCCUACUUUGGGGACCAAACAUUUGCAUGGAAUGAAGUGUCACAGAUAAAACCCUUUAGGACGUACUUCAACCAAAUGGAGAAACAAUCCUCUACAGAAUCCUUCUGUCAUGCCGUGGAUUGCUCAUUGGAUGAGGUUUCUCGAAGAGUUGAGUUUGGGCUCUCCUGCUCAUGUGUGCCAAAGGCUGUGCAAUGUAAAUUUGAAUCUCAGAGUGUUGCCAAUGCUGGCAUUCGAGCAGAAUCAAGUCAAAGGGAUGGUGGUGACAAACUGUCAACUGUGGCCUCUUUCGCGCCUGGAGCACUUCUUCAAUGUUUGAAGUCAAUAGCAACAUCCCCGUGCUGUGUGGUUGAUAGACUAGGAUUUGUGGUGGCAAGAUCUCAGCUGCUGGCAUUCAGCCGUUGGAAGGGUUAUUAUGAGCUACCUGCAGUGGAAGAGUUUGGUGGGCUGUCGGAGUAUGAUGCUGACACCAAUGUAUUGCAAGGUCUGGAAGGAUCAGUUCUGGAUUUGACUGAUAAUUCCAGUAUUCCAACUGGGAAAAGGAAGUCAACCAUCAGAGGUCCUUAUCGGAAGCGUAAACGGUUGUCAAAGGAUAAUGACUGUCUUGAGAAGAAUGGAACAUUGAUGUUUGGCAAUAUUUCAAGUUUGCCUGAUGGUGGCAAGGACUAUAUGGAUGAAUCUGAUGGGCAGAUUAACAUUAUUUCUUCUAGUAAUAGCCACAAACCACGUGACUUGAUAUCGAGUGAGCUUAAAGUAAAGAGAAGAAAGAAACUUUUACCUUCAGGAACUGGAAGUAAUAAGUCAUCACCACCAAGGGAACUUCUUAAGAUUGGGGAGCGGAUACAGAGGGCUGCUGUUCAACUUGGAGGAUCAACUACAGUUAUCAAGCCCGGAGUAGAGUUCCUUUCUUUAGACAAGGUACUCUUAAACCUUUCUUUAGACAAGGUACUCUUAAACCUUUCCUUGGCUGCCAAAGAUCCCACUAAUGGGUAUCACAUUUUGGCUCCAUUCACCAAUAUUUUCUCUGGCUUAAGGGAAUUUACUUUGGAAACUUCUAAGUUAAAAGAUCAGGAAGUUUUAGUUGAAAAGUGCAGAGGAGAAAGCUCAUUGAAUUAUGAAACAACUGAAUCACCUGCAUUUAAUGUCAUAGAAGAUUCAUAUUGGACUGAUAGAAUUAUUCAAGGGAACCUUGAAGGGCAGAUGUUAUAUGAGCCUGAAGACCAAAAUGAAAAGAUAAUUCCUGUUGGCCAGUUAGAUGCUGUUUUUGGUCUCAACCCAGGUGCAGACAAACAAGAAAGAGGUGGUAUACUUAUGCAGUCAGAAGCUGAAGAUCCAUUUGGUCUCGUUGAUGGACAACAGAACCUUGAAGAACAGGCAAUAUUCGAACCUGGAACUGAAGAUGAGAAGAAUAUUCCUGUUGGUCAACCAGAUGCGGUUGUUGGUAUCAACGCAGAUGCAGACAAUCAAGAAAGAGACACCAUCAUUGUGCAGUCAGAAGCUGAAGAUCCAUCUGGUCUCGUUUAUGGACAACAGAACCUUGAAGAACAGAUAAUAUUUGAACAUGGAACCGAAGAUGAGAAGAAUAUUCCUGUUGGUAUCAACACAGAUGCAGACAAUCAAGAAAGAGACACCAUCAUUAUGCAGUCAGAACAUGAAGAUCCAUCUGGUUCUGCGGAUGGAGGAGCUGAGGAAGACGACUGUCCUACUGCACUGAUUCUCAACUUUAAAAACCUGGAAUCUGUUCCCUCAGCAACAGAUCUAAAUAAAAUAUUUAGCCGUUUUGGUCCUCUUGAUGAGUCUCAGACUGAAGGUAUGCAUAAGACCAAGCGGGGAAAAGUUGUGUUCAAGAGGCGCUCUGAUGCCGAAAUUGCUUUCAACAACGCUGGUACUUGUAGCAUUUUUGGGCAUGCGCUUAUCAGCUACCGCCUUAACUACGCUCCAAGGCCACGCAAAGUUCCUGUUUCAAACCGUAAAAGAAAGAAAACUCCAUCCACAGAAAGCAAUGACAUCCAAAGUUUAAGUGGGAUGACUUAGCACAGUAGUAGCCUUUCUUGCUAUAUAUUUUUGAGUCCAUAGUCGGACUUUAAGAAUCUUGUUCACUUGGCUAUAUUACACUGAUGUAGGUUAGUAUUACGUGCUGAGAGUAAUUAGUUACGAGCUGAUUACCCUUUAUGUUUGACCAGAAGCUGUAGUUUUAGUAACUAUUUUUCUUUCUUUUUCUUCCUUUAAGAUUUUUAUUUCCUUUUCUAUUUUAUUUGCCUCCUUGAUUCUGAAUUUUGAAUCCAUUAUUAUCAUACAAUUUAUAUGCA